AAGCAAUACUGCUUUGCUGUGACUAAUAGUACCGUUUACAACUCUCCUUUAAGGAAGCUCAAAAUCCGAAAAUGAUUUCACAGUAAUUCCUACAUCCCAGAUCCUUAACCUCUAAAAAGGCAGAGCUUUCGGCGUUACUAUGCUUUCAUAGACCCCCUUAAUAUUUCAUUUUCCUAUUUUCAUUUGACGGGACAAUUAUGAUCGCCAUGGCUUGACUUAAUCAGUGUUGACAUUUGUUGCAACGUCGUCUGCUCCAGACCAACCCCCUAGAUCUACACCCGCCUUCAAUUGCCCUUUGUGUACAUCCACCUUCAAUUAAGCCCCACUACAAGCCUUUUACCUCAAACGCGUAACGCGGUUUUUUUUAUGCGUACUUAGUGUACGAACAGAGAAGCAGAGUUGCAACGUGACUAUAACAUUGGUCACAGAUACCAUAUUUUUAAUAUUCCUCUGUAACAUAUCUUUUCAUUCUAGGCAAAUUUCAUACUGCUCAGACCUUUUCUAUCCUGCUAUUAUCCCUCACACCGCUAAUCAGCGCAUAAGUGUUUCUACUAAAAGGUAGACGAUUAUUGGGCUUGCGGGCCGUCUUUCGCUUUUCUUGGACGAGCUUCUUUUAGGAAGCCAAUUCAGGCACUGUGCGCCACGAUAACCGCACUCCAUAUACAGCCAGGCUUUCGCAAGCUUAUAUACAGUUUACCCUCCUGCCCAACAUAAGCAACCGUUACCUCAUCCAGGAAGGGCCUACAAAGACAGCGUUAGGUCAGCGGAGUGCAACGGACCGCGAAGCUACGAGACGAGAGUGUCGCUGCCCAAAUGUACUCUACAUACCUACCAACUGCACUGUUAAAUGGCCACCAGCGUCCAACUAGCGCAUAAUAACGUGAGCAGGUCUUUAUUCGGGUAAACCUGGGGUCAACUACUCCCGCUGCCUGGUAGCCCCUGGAGGCUACACGAAAUAUAUGUUGGUGCAGUGAAGAUAGCCCCGACUGUUUCAAUGUAGGUUGUUCGUCUAUGCCUAUGCACUUCAGCAAGAAAUUCACACCAUUUUCGUCAUUGUGAUCUAUUGGUUACGUAUUUUUGUAACGAUUUCUGUGUUGUAAUAGUGCUACGACUGCUGUGUUAACACGAGAACGAAAUUCCCUAAAAGUAAGCAAAAAUAAGAGCAAGUUUUCUGUGACACGUGUGUAUAGCUCCAACGCUAAUAGAAAAGGAAAUAUCAUAAAACGUAGUUUUUUUUUUGUUAUUGCGAAUUUUGUCUGUAAUACGAGUGAAGAGCUAAUGUAGUAAAUAGACGAGUUAUAGUAUAACGCCUAUGUCAAAACAGUUUUACGUUAAUGUCAUUAGUCUGACUCGUUCGAAUUGUCUAAAAAACCUAAAAAUAUGUUGAAGUAAAAAAGUAUAAUUUUUCAGACGAGGUGCAUAAUUUUAUUUCAUUGCUUUCAAAAUCCUUAACUAAACGCUUUUCAGAGCCAGCGGGACAUCACUAAAUAAUUAAAUUAAUGAACCACGAUAUUCGAAAGGAAACAACACACGAUGAAUAUAGUAGCGAGGCGUUGUGGUCAUUUUAUUUUGCAAUUUUUGUAUUUGGUUCUCCUUUUUGAAUAAGCGAUUCCAUUGUGCUCGGGGGAAAAGUGCAAUCAGCGCCCGGGUAAGCUGACUUUAAUAGCAGUCCGCCGGGGAGAAUGUCUCGCAUCGAGCUACUUACGGUGAUGAAGACUUCAGUCCUCUGCAGGAAACAAACGUACGGCUCAACCGUUGCGACGACCCUUCUCAUGGGCUACACAGAGGGGAAACGUAGUUUUCGUACUUAGAACUUUGGCAAACUGGGUCAGCUACACGUGAUUUGCGUGUUUUCAAGUCUGUAUUCAAGCAAGAUUUUAUAUACAAGCCAAAAGCCCUAAAAAUGUAAGGGCUCGAGGCGGUCGAAAGGUUCAAAAGUCGUAAAAGUCUUAACAAGAUUAGCCAUUAAAGCACAAUUGUCAAAUAAUAUUCUUCUUUCUAAAGGGGCAGUUAAAAACUCGUGUAUCAUGCUAAAAAUGGCUUUUCGAACCACUUUUGCUCAAAGACAAGGUGUUGUUUACCAUGACAAGCUUUGUGUUUUAGAAGGAAUUGGUUUUCGUCCAAUACCGGGAGUAAAGUAUGGACGCACGCCCGUUGGGACGCACGUUGGGAAUUCCAACAAACCACUCUGUACAUGUAUGUAGCUUUGCUAAGAUGGAUUUGAUUGCAAUACUGUUCAAUUACGAAAUUCGAAAAAUUGCUCAUCAGCAUUCUGAAAUAAAUGGAGCACGCCUCCUCUGACCCACAAAAUCAAGCGAUAGUCGCUUUGUAUUAUCUAAAUUUAAUAAUUUUUCUUUGUAUUAAUUGACAAUUAGACAGCCAACAAAGCCCCCAUUCGUCGUACCUCAUCGUGUUACGUUAUAUUCACUUGUCACAUGUCGUUGAAAUAUAGCUAGCGUCAACUUAACUAUUAAAAGUAUCUUCUAAAACUGGCCAAUCUGUUGUUACAUUAAAAAAAUCAGUCUGUAAUCUUAUUUUAUUAUUUAUUUAUUUAUUAUUAUUUAUUUAAAAACCAGAUUAUUUCUCCGUAAUAAUUAUUUUCAUGAUGUACCUGCCCCCGGAAAAGCCAAGAGUUAAUGUUUUAUAUAAUGAAAAUCUGGAUCUGGUUGACGCAGACAUUCAUUUAGCGACUCGAUUUUAACAAAAAAUCGAAAACAUUUUGGCAUCUAUUGACUUGAGAGCCUCAUGUGCUUACAAGUGCAGAUAUGUUCUUUCCUUGCAAAUGGUGUCCUUGUGAAUUACAAUACUUUCUGGGCCCGAUUCACUCAAUGCAUGCGUUUGCGGAUUCGUUCUACCAACUGUGACCGCCUCUUGUUUGCUAGGUAAAUCGUUAUGCAUUAGUUGGCAGAUUUAUCGCAACUUGGAUCAUGACAAUAGCAGUAGACGCUGCUGUAAUUAAGAAUGCAGAGGUUCUCAGUUAAAUUUAUGUUGGAAUAAUUUCCUAUGUAUUUAAUCUAACCGCUACUAUUUUUAUUUAGGUCGUUCCUCUUUCCUCAUUUUAGUGGUUGAUUCUCUGUCUUUGUGUCCUCGUAUGGUUCCCCAAAGUCUACGACUUUGAGAAAUCCAAUAACUAAAAAUAUUUGCCAUCUGCCAGCUACAAAACAUGCCCGUAACCUUUCUUUUGCGUUUUACGUUCAUUAUUUAAAUCAUUUGAAGUCGAACGUAUACCACCAUGUGUUAUUCACUUUAAACGUGAAUUUUAAACGUGAACCUUAAACAUGCUACCCACCAUGUUAUCACGGAGACAAAUGCCAAUAAUUUCUAUCUCAUUCGACAUUAUCGUUCGGCGUUCCAUGAGACGACUGGCUCCGAAACGAAAUGUGUCUAUGCACAGAUUUGAACCCAUGUCAUAACGUGUAUUUAAGAUUAGCAGGCAAAUAUGCUGCCCACUAAGCCAUCAUGACGACAUUGUUCCAGUACGAUGAUCGUGCCAGGUACGUGAUCUAGGCCUUGAUUAAACAUUAUUGACCCGUGGUCGCAGCAGUUCUGUGGCAGAAGUAGUUGGGAGAGCGUCAAACCCCACUGAACUCGAAGAUGGCCCUCGACCACUAAGUUGAAUACACGCACACCCAGACACACGCCCACGCAAAUACGAACUUUGGUCCUCGAAGGGUUAUAUACAAUCGAAGCAGAAUGUCCUCUCCCGAGAAAAGAACAACACAUGCACCCGCUAAUGUGGUUAUGGGAACUUACGCCACCUCAAGAUCCCCGGACCAAGGUGUGCGAAUAGCAUAUGAUAAAGAAAUCCUCAGAAAUGGUUGGCUGUUGGUGGAUACCUGGGUUCCUGCCUUAAUAUUGUGCUCGGCUUACGUGUCUACCGUGAAGGUCUUUUUACCACGUUACAUGAAAGACAGACCACCAUUAGAUAUCAUGUCGUUCAUUCGGGCCUUCAAUUUAUUUCAAGUGCUCGCCAACUUCUGGUUUGCAAUUCAAGUAGGAAGGAGAACAUACUUCGGAGGCAGUUUCAGUUGGUUGUGCCAGGGCGUUAUGGGUCGAGAUGAUCCCGUUACGUUGGAUCUUUUGAGACUUCUCUAUGUAUAUAUCUGGGUCCGGGUGGUCGAUUUGCUGGAUACUGUCUUUUUCGGCUUACGGCACAAAUGGACGCAUGUAUCGACGUUAAACGUGUCACAUCAUUGCAUUGUACUAUUGUUCGGAGUCUAUGGCGUUCGGCACGGAGCGGACUCCCAUAUGACACUCGUCGUUCUUGUCAAUCAGUGCGUGCAUGUGAUCAUGUUUACGUAUUAUUUCUUUGCAUCCUUCGGUGAUCGCUUCCGAAAGUACCUCACUUGGAAACGUUACCUGACGGGCAUCCAGUUAGCACAGUUUUUUGUGCUCGGGGUCCACUCUGUUCUACCGUUAGUGUUUCCCUGUCCUGGACUUCCUGCAAUGCAUUCGAUUGUGGCCAUCUCGUCGAUGACCUUUUUCUUCAUCAUGUUUGCGCGCUUCUAUGUACAAACUUAUGGCGGCGUUAAGCAAGAGUUGUCCAAAAUACCCGUUUCAUUUGGUUGUAAACUACUGGUUGAAAACAAGUCACUGUGAAUUACAUUUGUUCAGUAGCUCUUCUUCACCUCGAAUGAAAAUGAUUUCAUCACGAUGGUAAACAUUUUCCAAAAGAAGUCCCAAACAAAAUGUAAAACAUUAGCAUAAAGCUAUAAGCUCAGUCGUCCCAAAAUUUAUGUGAAGAAACCCUCUUGGAACAUGAGUUGUACGACAUUGAAAUGUACAGAAAUCGAAACAUUAGAUAAACGAUUUCUUCCUUUAACGGAGAGUUGCACAAUGUGCAACGGUUACUACUUAAAACUAUAGUGUGACACCGUUGCCGUGAAAAAUCGAAGUAUGUUGUGCCCUUAAGUUUCAAACAGUAACAACGCUCGCUGGACAUAUGGAAUAUACACAUACAACAUGCGGACACUCCACUGAAACUGUGACCGCGUCCUUCAUAGCAACGGGCAUUUCAAGUACACGCCAUUGAGGAGAACGACAGACAGGAGUGAAGUGAUGGUCAAGAUGGAGAACUUUGUUUGUUGGAACGACUCCUUUUUGGUAUGGCCACGUCGUACCUGAAAGCCGAAUAGGGAGGGUGCGAGCAACAAAACGAGUCGACUUAGAGACAAUGGUGGAACCGCUGGAAAUGUGUGAAUGCUCAUUUAUACAGCCUGUCCAGCGUUUCGGUAAACGUACGAUUAUUAUAUUGAGACUAUCUAAAAACAACGAAUAUAAAACAGUCGGGUUAUUAACUCAAUGACAACAUGAAGUUAUGGUAUUAGUAACUAUUAAUAUAAUAACAAUUAAAAACUAUAUGUAUAUUAUGCAUAGAAGAUUGGAAAAAAAUGCAGUGGCUUUCGGUAUAAUGAGCAAUAAGGUACCACGAAAACAGAUUGUUAAAAACGUACACAUGCAUAUAGAAAUAAUAAGGAAUAGAUAUACUCGUUAUUUAUAACUACUAACUACAGAAUAUUUUGUUACUACCGUAUUUCUAUGAAGUCUCAAUAAUUUAUCCAGUGGAACGCUAUAUGUGAUACAGAAUGAUUUGUUAUUACAGUACAGUUAAUCGAUUAAACGUAUUAACUUAUAAUUUAUAGUAUUGUUAUAAGCGCAUGUAAGCUGCGCGCUCUAAAUUUGCAAUAUCACACAUCUAUCGUUGUUAUACGACGGACUAAUUUUCAACGGCAAUUGAAUGCUUUUUUCAAAUGAGCGAUUUCCUACUAAAUACUCUAUAAUCUCUAUGACACCAUCUAUUUUGGGUAAAAUAAAUGCUUUUUUAUUUUGCAGUUUAAUAAACAUUCUUGCUAGUGUUAUGGCCAAUUUAUUCAAAAAAAAAAAAAAUAUUAUACAUUUAUAAAAGGUGUGAUCCUCUACCUACGGUAACACUGAUUCUGGUAUGGAACUUCGACCGUGAAUUUGUUUACAACAUAUAUUAUGUCCAUAGACUAAUAUAUAUAUAUAUAUAUAUAAACCCUAGUAAAACCUUUUACACUAUAGCUUUAAACACAGUUUAAUAAAGAUUUAAAACAUUUUUUUAAACGUUUUAUUAAAAUUAUAUUGUGACGAAAAUUGUUACUGUUGUAAAGGCUUAUCAAUAUUCGUUGAUAACCGAAUAACCUAAAAUGUAUUGAUUAACUACUCUGUGCUAUUUGCUGGCCACGAUGGCCUAAUGAUCAAUAUAGAUUGCUUUUAUCUACUUAAAUGUUUGCCACAUAAUUUAACAUCCAGUUGAAAACUUAAACUCUCCGCGCCAUUAUUACUUUAGCAUCUAUUUUGGUUGGUUUAAAAGCUUCAACUAAAAUAGACUGGAUGUAUUUAGGUCAUGGAUGAAUACGAGCCAUCAAAAUGAAGGUGGGUUGUCGUAUUGGUCAGGUGAAGCUCGUCUGCGCCCUUGGACUAUAAUUAGACGUGUCAGAAAAUAUUCAUGACGAGCAUCGGGAUCAACCCUGGUGAUAACCUUUGCAGGCGUAUACAAAGUGGCUAUCCGACCCAGAAGCUUAACCGGCAGUACAUCCAGCGUGAACUAGUUGAUCUUUCAUACUAUUUUAUGUAGAUACUUCUCUUACAAUACGGAAAACAUUUACAGUUAAAAUGUGUAUUUUAUAGAAAAUAUGAAUUUAUAUUCAUUUAUACCUGAAGUAUGUAUGCUUUGACUAACCUUUAUAUUAUCAGCUCGCUGCAUAUUAAAUCGUAAUAGGCGUUCCCUGAA